GCCUGUUUCAGGCAAUGCUGCCAGUGUGACGUAUAAUCUAAUGGACGGGACGCCUCAACAACAACAGCGAGUUGUCCACCUCGGUAGCUUUUAGCCAACAUAGCCGAAAACAUUCAAGCUCUUUAUAAGCUUUCGGUGUUAUAAACACACGUGUCGUAUCUACUAACUAGUUACCCAAUUGAAUUGAAUAUUUACGUUGUUGUUCGUCAGCUAGCUGGCUGGGUAAAUUAGCAGUAGUGCUAGUCUAGUCACUAACGCUACCUAGCGAUCUAGCUAACAUCCCGACCAUGAGCUCACUAAACGACUCCCCCACUUCUAAAGAGGGGAUCUGCUGGACGGAGAAAGAAACUCUGGGGCUGAACAUUGUCGUGAAAGAGGAGAAGGAAGAGGAGGAUGUCACAGUAAAAAAAGAAGCAGCGAUUGAGGCUGUUACAGUGAAAGAAGAAGAGAAAGAAGUUAAAUUGACAGAAGAUGAAGAAGCGUUCAGAGUGAAAGCGGAGGAUGUUACAGUAAAAGAAGAGGAGGAAAAGAAAGAGGUGGAUGCAGUAUUUGGAUUGGGGGAGAUGACUGUCAUAGUGAAAGAAGAGGAAGACAUUUUUGGAAUGAAGGAAGUGGGGGAGAUUACUGUCACAUUGGAAGAAGAAGAAGAGGAGGAGACAGGAGAUCUGAUUAACAACAGAGAGAGACCAGACUCUCACUCUGACAGAUGGAAGAAGAGUCCUUCAGGAGAACCAGACCCAGAGAUGCCCAAACCAGUGAGACGACACCACUGCUCCCAGUGUAAUUUGAGUUUUAAGUGGUUAUGGAAGCUGAAACAGCAUGAUAGGAAACACAUAGGGGAGAAGCCACACCACUGCUCCCAGUGUGGAAAGCGUUUUACCCUGUUAGGGAACCUGAAAAAGCAUAAAGGAAUACACACAGGAGAAAAGCCUUUCCAAUGUUCCCAGUGUGGAAAGAGAUUUUCACGAUCACAGCACCUAAAAUCACAUGAGAGGACACACACAGGUGAUAAACCACACCACUGCUCCCAGUGUGGAAAGAGAUUUACCCAGUUAGGGAGCCUGAAAAAGCAUAAAGGAAUACACACAGGAGAAAAACCUUUCCAAUGUUCCCAGUGUGGAAAGAGAUUUUCAGGAUUGCAGCACCUAAAAUCACACGAGAGGACACACACAGGGGAGAAGCCACACCAUUGUGCCCUGUGUGGAAAGGAUUUUACUCAGUUAGGGAACCUAAAAAAACAUCAGAUGAAACACACAGGAGAAAAGCCUUUCCAAUGUUCCCAGUGUGGGAAAAGAUUUUCACGAUCACAGGAACUAAAAUCACAUGAGAUGACACACACAGGGGAGAAACCACACCACUGCUCCCAUUGUGGGAAAAGUUUUACCCAGUUAGGGAGCCUGAACAAACAUAAGAGAAUACACUCAGGAGAAAAGCCUUACCACUGCUCCCAGUGUGGAAAGAGUUUUACCCAGUUAGGGAACCUGAACAACCAUAAUAUAAUACACACAGAAGAAAAGCCGUUCCAAUGUUCCCACUGUGGAAAGAGAUUUUCACGAUCACAGGACCUAAAAUCACAUGAAAGGACACACACGGGGGAGAAACCACACCACUGCUCACAUUGUGGAAAGAGUUUUACCCAGUUAGGAAGCCUGAACAAACAUAAGAAGAGAUUACACUCUGGAGAGAAAUCUUAACACACUUUCCUGGACAGAGGACCUGAGAUCACAUGACAGAAUAGAGAGGCUGUGUUCUGACGUCUGUUUUUUUAUUAAAUGUUGAUAUGAAAAAUAUGAUUUGGAUAUUUUAAAAUUACAGUUAUUAUUUAGAUUAGUAGAAUGUGCAUUUCUUGAUUUUAGCCUAGAAAUGUGAUGAAUUUAGUCAAAAGCAUUUCAUUAAAGCAACAUAUCUUUUAAUAUAAAUCUGAAUAUAAAUAUAAUGUGGAACAGCACUAGUGGACAUUCAUUAUAUACAUCUGUGUAUUGUUACAUGUAGACCUAGAUGACCUAGAUGCUUAUUUUGAAAUAUUUUGAUAUUAUCCGUUUUAUUUUACUGAAUGAAUCAGAAAUUGCCUAAAUACAGAUAUGUAAAGUUUGUUUUCAAUUCUCACUCAUAAAAAUGUUUCACUAAUCAA